AUGUGGACCUUCCUCGAAGGUACUCUUCCUAACUUCUUUGCUGAUGAUUUAGCAUGCGUGCUGGGAGACGAUGAAAUAAUAAAGAGAAAUAUUCUUCAUACUGAGCUUUUAAAAGAACGACAACGAGCAGAAGAAGCACGUCGUGUCGGCGAAGAGGAUAUAACAUUAUAUAAUAUAUCAAUUUCAUUCGCUAUUCUAUGUGCUGCUUUACAUGAAGGAGAAAAUCAACCGGAUGAAAUAGCCCAAGAAAUAAUGCAAACAAUUUUACUCAUAAUUGAUCCUCUUCUUCGUCUACAUGCAUUAGCUAUCAUUUUGCACUUGUCACAAUAUUACAGAAUAUCAGAGAAUAAUCUCGCUUGGAUAUCGAAAGAAUCUCAAAUAUCACUCAAUUCUCAUGCUUUACUUUUUCUUAUCUGGUGGACAGCAUUUGCUUGUCAUGCUGAUAUUCGAAUAAUUUAUUACUAUGCUAAUCGAUUAAUUGAUUAUCUAUUUAGGAAUAUAAAUACGGAUUCAACUGAUAUUCAACAAACUGUUUGUCAAUCAUUAUUACAAGCAUUAGAUCAUGAAAUUUAUCCAUAUGUACGCCCACGUAUAUCUCAAUUUAUUCGUCAAAGUCAAUGGUUCGAUUCGUCCAAUCUCGCUGAAAUAUUACAAAUGUAUUCUUCAUCAUCAUUCAAUCCAUUGAUUGGAAUUGAUUCAAAUAGAAUUUUUCAAAAAGAAUCCACAUCGACUCUAUUAGCUUCAAUGUAUUUAAUGCAAUUAAGUAUCGAUCUUCUCUAUUUACCUGAUCAACUCAAUAUUUCAAGUGCUCAUCGAGUAGUAUCAGAAGAAGCAGCGAUAGCUAUUAAUUAUCUUUUACAAGCUAGUAGAACAGCUACAAAUGAUUAUCAUUCAUUAGAACGCAUUCUAUCACAAUGUGAAUUCAUUGAAAAAUCAGCCCAACAUUUCUAUCUGGCCGAUCCUGGAAAAGCUAUUGUGCUUGCUCUCAUUGUUAAUCGAUCUAACUAUCCAUUUAUACCUUUAUUUACUCUAAAUGAAGCUCAAGCAUGUUUGAAAAAUAUUUUAACAAAAGUAAUCGAGAAUCCGAUUGAUGUUCAUUUUUCUGAUGAAAUAUUAGCAAUAAUAAUAAAACAUUAUUAUCAUGGAAAAUCUACAAACGAAGAUAAUGAUCAAUUGUUGUUAAUUGAAUUGCAACAAUUAACAUCAAGAAUAAUGGUUACAGAGGCAGCUGAUAGAGCUAUUCUUCGUUGUCGUUGUUUACAGAAAGUGAAACAAUUAUUACAGGAACUUAUCGAUCUUUUCCAUGGUCAACACAUUCGACUCUAUCGCGCACUUAUGUCAAUUGUUGUCGAUUUUCGAACAACAAUCACAAUCUGUUCAAUUGCGUCCGAUUUAAUAUGUUCUUAUCAACAAGAUUUACUACCUUUGUUUGCACGAGAACUAUGCAAUAUCAAUCUUUGGAGCGAAUGUUCGAAGGGUGUGGGGUGUGGGUGUGGGUGUGGGUGUGUGGGUGUGGGUG